GUGAAGUUUCAACCACGUGGUGGUGUUUACAGAUCUACUGCUCAGGCUGGAAUGGCUGCAUUGAUGCUUCAGAUUGAGCAGGGACAGAGUGGCUUCAACUCAACACUGGAAGGGCCCUAUGGCACAAAGAGAGUGGUGUAUGCAGACUACACAGCGUCUGGGAAGCCUCUGAGGUUCAUAGAGGAGUACCUGCAGCAGGAGGUGAUGCUGACCUACGGCAACACUCACACCACCACCUCCCUCACCUCACGGCAGACCACCUAUUACAGAGAGGAGGCUAGGUUGAUCAUCCGGAACGCUGUAAACGCAUCAGAGAAUGACAGUGUCCUGUUCACUGGGAGUGGGUGCACCAGUGCCGUGCAUAAGCUCAUCCAUUCUCUAGGAUUGACCAACUCUUCACAACUUCCAGUUGUCUUUGUGAGUCCAUUUGAGCAUCACUCUAACUUGUUGCCAUGGAGAGAGGUUGGAGCCGAGAUAGUAUGGAUACACCAAACAGCGGAGGGUCAAGCAGACAAAGGUCACCUUGAGGAGAAACUCAAGUACUACAGUGGUAGUGGUCGUCUGCUGAUAGGAGCUCUGAACGCUGGCUCCAACAUCACCGGAGUCCUCACUGACACUGACACAUUCUCCUCCCUCCUCCACCGCUACGGGGCACUGGCCUUCUGGGACUAUGCUGCAGUGGCUCCGUAUGUGAAGAUUGACAUGAACCCGGUUAGUGUGAGUGCAGACAGAGAUCGUGUCUACAAAGAUGCCAUCUAUUUCUCUGUACACAAGUUUGUUGGCGGCCCAGGCUCUCCAGGAGUUUUAGUAGCCAAAAAGGACCUAUUUAAGAACAGCACCCCCCAUGGCUGUGGAGGGGGCACCGUGUUCUUUGUGACCCCCUCAUCUCAUCGCUACUUCCAGGAAGUGGAACUAAGAGAGGAGGGGGGCACUCCUGAGAUCCUGGGUUCGAUACGGGCGGGGCUAGCGGUCCAACUCAAGGAGAGUGUGGGGAGUGAGGUCAUCAUGUCUCGAGAGGAACGUCUUACACGACUGGCCUUCAGAGAGUGGGCGGAUGUGAGGGAGCUGGUGAUUGUGGGACCAGACAUGUCCGUCUCCAGGUUACCCAUAUUCUCGUUCCUCGUCCGACACCCUCAGAGUGGACUCUUCCUCCAUCACAACUUUGUCUGUGCCCUACUCAACGAUCUGUUUGGUAUCCAGGCACGGGGAGGGUGCUCUUGUGCUGGACCCUAUGCACAGAAUCUUCUGGGGAUAAAUGAGGAGAUGGCAAAAAACUACGAGAGCCUGGUGAUGGAAGACAGUCGAUUGGAUAGGGUUCACUUGAGACGUUACCACGAGUAUUCUGAGAGGGAGAUUCUGAGGCCUGGGCUAACUCGACUCAGUCUCCCGUACUUUAUGAGCGAUGAGGCUGCAGAUUAUGUCGUUAGUGCAGUUACCAUGUUAGCCAAGCAUGGAUGGAAACUAUUACCUCAAUACAUUGGAGACCCGGAGAGUGGUCAGUUCAGACAAUGGCGGGAUCAUCCAAGCACUCGUCGAAAGUGGCUCAGUUCUGUUACCCUGAGAGACGGCCGGCUGUCCUAUCAGAGGUCACCCCCUCCAGCCACACCCUCUUACCAGGAGAUGUUGUCCGUUGCUAGUGAAGUAUUUGAGGCCGCUCUACAGUGUAAAGCCGAGUCCAGUCUCCGUGGCGACCAAUUCCUGAGUGACAAGGCUAGAGGCAUGAGAUGGUUCCUGCUCCCCUCAGAAGCUCAGCUGUACCUCUCUGGUGAUAUCCCCACUCCACCACCCCCUACCCCUCCCUUUGUGCCCAGGGACUUCAGGAGCUAUGGUAACCAGUCACCAACAGACCCAGCAGUAGCUGAAGCAACUGAACAGUGUCCACCUGUUGGAGAGAGUGGUGAGGAGAAGAGUGGCUCUGUGAGAUUCCACAGUCCUCCAAAGGCCAUCUUCAAACCAACUGCUGAGGCGAUAGACGAGUUCAAGAUGAUAGGAGACGGAGACAGGGUUCUUGUGUGUCUGUCUGGAGGAAAGGAUUCCCUGUCACUGCUGCACACACUCCACCAAUACCAGUACCUAGCCAAGGGGAAGGGUAACAACUUUGAACUAGGAGCUGUCACUGUUGACCCUCAAACCUCCGCCUAUGAUCCACACCCUCUGAUAGAGUACCUUGCAGCACUCAAGCUCCCCUACUUCUACGAGGAACAAGGUAUUCUCCAGCAGGCAGAGACCCUCCCUGAGGUUGCCUCCAUUUGCAGCUUUUGCUCUAGAAUGAAGCGAGGUCGACUCUACGCCUGUGCUCGUAGGGAGGGCUACAACGUGCUGGCUAUGGGACAGCAUCUCGACGAUCUAGCCGAGAGCUUUCUCAUGUCUGCAUUCCACAAUGGCUUCCUGAGAACAAUGAAGGCCAACUACACAGUUAAGGAGGGAGAUUUGAGAGUUAUACGACCAUUUGUUUUUGUCAGGGAAAAUCACCUCAGACAGUUUGCAGACAAAGCAAAAUUACCCGUUAUUACUGAAAACUGCCCUGCCUGCUUCGAGGCCCCUAAGGAGCGUCACCGAGUGAAGCAGCUGUUGGCAGCUCAAGAGCUCCUCUACCCUCGACUGUACGCUAGUCUCCUGGCCGCCCUCAAGCCACUCAUGGCCCGGGACAGGACUGGACUGGAGGGUGGGGCCACUGCAGCAGCUGAGUAGCUAGUCGGUGCACCCUAGCCUUUACAUGUGAUAUGCAUGAACUGUUCAGUAAUCAUUUUUUGGAGAACAUUUUUUGUUUAGUUA